UACUCAGUCUGUCCCACUGAGCUGUCAACACAGCAGCCCUCCACUCUGCAACCUGGCUGUUGCGACAACAUUUUCCUACUAAACCUAGUCCCUCUUUCUCUUCAACGACGUUUUCCUUCAGAUAACAGCUCCUCUCUUCUCACCAUGACUCGGAGGUGAUCUUCAGAGUGUCCCGGUGGUUCUGGGGUUCCAGGUUGCUGUGUUGAGAGAGCAAGCUAACUGCGGGAAGGAGAACCGCCUGGGGCAUCGUGUCCCUGGCUUUCUAGUGACUAAAGGAGGGGCUUGGCAAACUGUUGUGCAGCAUGGAGAAAGAAGACCUGAAGGUCCUCAACAAAGGGGAAGAGGAGGAGCUGGAGCUGCAGGGGUACCGUCUGUGUCGUUGGCGGCUGGCCCUUGUGGGCCUCGGGGUGCUGUUCACAGGGGGCUUCCUCCUCCUGCUGCUCUACUGGAUGCCGGAGUGGUGCGUCAAAUCCACCUGCACCCGCACCACAGCCCGCGAUGCUGAAGUGGUAUUGCUGCGCUCCACGGAUGAGUUCCGGCGCUGGUUCCUGGCCAGGGUACGAGUGAUGCUGGCCCCGGGAAGGAACCCCUUCCACAGCCUGGAGACCCAGACCACCUCCCCUUCCUCUCCCUCCUGCCCCUUCUCCUCCCCCACUCUGGGCAAUGGACACACCCCCCACCCCUCUGAUGGCAACCCCGACCAGGAGCUCAUCAGAAGAUAUGCCGACUACCAGCCCACACAGAUCCGCUACUUUACCUUCCAUAGCACAACGUAUUAUUGGAGCGACGAGGUGCAGAAUUUUGGUGUUUUAACCGGCCUGGAGGAUUUGCAGGUCAGCUGCUCCACCCUCCACUCGGAGCACAGUGUAGGCCUGACCAGGAACCAGCAGGAGUACAGGAGACUGUUCUUCGGAGUGAAUGAAAUUGCAGUGAAAGUGCCUUCUGUUUUCAAGCUGCUUAUCAAAGAGGUCCUAAACCCUUUCUACAUCUUCCAGCUCUUCAGUGUGAUCCUGUGGAGUGCCGAUGAGUAUUACUAUUAUGCUGUGGCCAUCCUUUUCAUGUCGAUCAUAUCCAUAGCUACCUCUCUGUACACCAUUAAAAAGCAAUACAUCAUGCUCCACGAUAUGGUGGCAACUCACAGUGUUGUCCGUGUGUCUGUAUGCCGACCCAACAAUGAAAUCGAAGAGAUUUUAUCUACUGAUCUGGUGCCCGGUGAUGUGAUGGUCAUCCCCAUCAAUGGGACCAUCAUGCCAUGUGACGCCGUGCUGGUCAGCGGCACCUGCAUCGUCAAUGAAAGCAUGCUCACAGGUGAGAGUGUUCCUGUGACAAAGACCAACCUGCCAGACCCAUUGCCUGGGGACAGGGGGGAGGAUAAUGACAGUGUCUUCAACACAGAGGAGCAUAAGAGACACACACUCUUCUGUGGCACCCACGUCAUCCAGACCCGCUUCUACACAGGCGACCUGGUCAAGGCUGUGGUGGUCUGCACAGGUUUCAGCACAGCCAAAGGCCAGCUGGUGCGCUCCAUCCUUUACCCAAAACCCACCGACUUCAAGCUGUACCGAGAUGCCUACCUCUUCCUCUUGUGUCUGGUGGCUAUAGCUGGAAUUGGCUUUGUCUACUCCAUUGUCCUCAGCAUCAUGAACAAGGUGCCAGCUAAAACCAUCAUUAUAGAGUCUCUGGACAUCAUCACCAUUACUGUGCCCCCGGCGCUGCCAGCCGCCAUGACAGCUGGCAUUGUGUACGCCCAGCGACGCCUCAAAAACCUGGGCAUUUUUUGCAUCAGCCCACAAAGGAUCAACAUCUGCGGUCAACUCAAUCUGGUCUGCUUUGACAAGACUGGAACUCUGACAGAAGAUGGAUUAGACCUAUGGGGUGUUCAGAGGGUAGAGAACGGCAGUUUCCAUCUGUCAGAGGAAAAUGCAUACAAGGAAAAUCUAGUCAAGUCCCAGUUUGUGGCAUGUAUGGCCACCUGCCACUCUCUCACCAAAAUAGAGGGCCAGCUGUCCGGAGACCCACUGGACCUUAAGAUGUUUGAGGCCACAGGCUGGAUCCUGGAGGAGGCCACCGAGGAGGAAACAUCUCUCCACAACCGUAUCAUGCCCACUGUGGUUAAACCCCCAAAACAGCUGCUGCCCCCAGAGCCUGCCGUAACACCAGAGCAGGACAUGGAACUGUAUGAGCUUUCGUCAGCGCAUGAGAUCGGUAUCGUGCGCCAGUUUCCCUUUUCCUCAGCCCUCCAGAGGAUGUGUGUGGUGGCUCGUCUGCUAGGGGAGAAACGUAUGGACGCCUACAUGAAGGGGGCCCCCGAGAUAGUGGCUAGCCUCUGCAAGAAAGACACAGUGCCAGAAAACUUUGCAGAUGUUUUAGAGGGUUACACCAAGGAGGGUUUCAGAGUCAUAGCUCUGGCUCAUCGACGACUUGAAUCCAAACUCAGCUGGCACAAAGUCCAGAACAUCAGCAGGGAUCACAUUGAGGCAAACAUGGAGUUCCUGGGUCUAAUCAUCAUGCAGAACAAGCUGAAGGCAGAAACCCCAGCAGUGCUGGAGGACCUCCGCCAAGCCAGCAUCCGCACUGUCAUGGUUACUGGUGACAACAUGCUGACAGCCAUCUCUGUGGCCAGGGACUGUGGAAUGAUUCCUCCCCAAGACACAGUCAUCAUUGCUGAUGCCCUCCCUCCACAUGAUGGACAGGCCGCCAAGAUCACCUGGAGAUACGCUGACAAGGCGAGCCAGACAUCUCAUCUGGAGGAAGUGAACAUCACUCUGGAUGAUGUGUGUCACAUAGAUGAGCCCAAAAAGGAGCUGUACCACUUUGCCAUGAAUGGAAAAUCCUUUGCCGUCAUCUCUGAACAUUUCCCUGACAUGCUUCAAAAGCUGGUGCUACAUGGGACAGUGUUUGCAAGAAUGGCCCCGGACCAGAAAACUCAACUCAUUGAGGCUCUGCAGGGCGUAGACUACUUUGUUGGGAUGUGUGGAGAUGGAGCAAACGACUGUGGGGCUCUGAAGAGGGCUCAUGGUGGCAUCUCUCUGUCGGAGCUCGAAGCCUCAGUAGCCUCUCCCUUCACCUCGAAGACCCCGAACAUCUCCUGUGUCCCCAGCCUCAUCAGGGAGGGGCGUGCCGCUCUCAUUACCUCUUUCUGUGUGUUCAAGUUCAUGGCCCUCUACAGCAUCAUCCAGUACAUCAGUGUCACUCUCCUCUACUCUAUCCUCAGUAACCUUGGAGACUUCCAGUUCCUCUUCAUCGAUAUUGCCAUCAUCCUUCUUAUUGUCUUUACUAUGAGUCUGAACCCAGCGUGGAAAGACCUGGUGUCUCGUCGUCCCCCUUCAGGUCUGAUCUCAGGGCCUCUGCUGUUCUCCGUGCUGACCCAGAUUCUCAUCUGCUUGGGCUUCCAGACCAUUACAUUCCUUUGGGUCCGACAGCAGCCGUGGUACACAGUGUGGACGCCGCUCUCUGAUGCCUGCAACAACUCAUCACGUAUUAACAUGUUUGGCCACAACGACACUGAAAUUGACGACCACAACAUCCAGAACUACGAGAACACCAGCCUCUUUUAUGUCUCCUCCUUCCAGUAUCUCGUUGUUGCCAUCGUUUUCUCAAAGGGCAAACCCUUCAGGCAGCCUAGCUACAAGAAUUGGCCUUUUGUGCUGUCUGCCUUGACUCUGUAUGUUUUUCUGCUGUUCAUCAUGUUCUACCCUGUAAAAGCCAUUGACGAGUUUCUAGAGAUUGUUUGUGUCCCGUUUGACUGGAGGGUAAAGCUCUUCCUCAUCAUCUUAGUCAAUGCUGCAGUGUCUGUUGUGAUGGAGACCUUCAUCCUUGACAUCGUCUUAUGGAAGCUUGUGUUCAGCCGAGACAAACAGGGCAGCUUUGGUGUCACUCCUGUUGCCCCGACACCACAGGGUGGUAUAGACCUGCGAUACUACAAGUGUCUGACCCGGCUUUGCUGCCCGAGCCGGAUGACCCCCAAGGCUCGCUACAUGCAUCUGGCCCAGGAGCUCAGGGUGGACCCCGACUGGCCUCCAAAGCCAACGACAACAACUGAAGCCAAGACCCUCCCAGAAAAUGGAUCCACCUAUCAAAUCAUGAAAAACUCCUAGCACCCCCCACAGUGUGUACUCUAUACAUGACCUACAGGAGAAGUGUAUGCAUAUUAGGCGCGUUCAGUGAAUGCACCUUUAAAUUAUUCGAAUGAAACCGUUACAGUAAGGUUGCUUGUUGUUCCGGUUCACAGCGACUUCAGUCUAAUGCUGGAGUUCAUGAGACAUUGCUGCAAAAAUCUUAUGAUUGCACAUGACUACAAAACAUAGUGUCAGUUCUCUCAACCACUUGCACUCUCUCAGGUCUCUGUUGCUUGUUAUUUAAACAGCAGUAACAUUAAUGUACGUCUCUUUCCUUAUUGCAAUGUCUGAGCAGGCUGGGUCUAAUAUAACUUUGACCUUUUCAAAUCGACUUCCAAGUCCACUCCAGAGCUAGCGUCUGACAUGUGCUAUCAAAAAUGUUCUGGAACAAUGUCUUCAUAGCCUUUGAGAAUGAUCCUAAAAAAACAAGUAGAAGUAUAGUAUAUUUAUCAAACAGGUGCUAGGUUGUACUUUGGCCCUCUAAAGUAAGACUUACUAUUACCAAAACAGCGAUUACUUUAUUGGUUGUUUUGAAGUCCACUCUGUAUGCUUUAAUUCACAGCAGCCACAACCUCACUUGUUACGAUGUUCACAGUUACCAUACUCGGAUUGCUACUAUGUAGUCGUCUCUUACAGCUAACCUAUAUAAUUUAUAUAUAGUCAUGGAACCAUAACCAAAAGGAAAGCUUUUAUGCUUGCCAUGAACCCCCAGGGAUACAUGAAAUUAUUAACUUGAGACAAGAAAUCAUAUAGUCAACUCUCACUGAGUUGUAGCAGAUUUAAAUCAGCUUCUGUCAACUUGUUGAUCAAUUGCACAACUCAGGCAUAUUCCUAUUUAAAGACAAACACAAAGAAUAUGUUGAUUGCCUCUCAAGCGCCAAUGGUCAAGGUUUAAAAAAAGUAUAGACAAUUAAAUGGGGAAUAUCCCGACUUUUUAAGAUUUGGAAACUGCACAAUAGGUCUGAAAAUAUGGGAGACAUUACAUUUUUUGUAUAAAUGUAGUCAUCAUCCAUAAUGUUGCAUGUCCAUAAAAUCUUGCUGUUGUACCCGGCCACCUUUAUUUUAAACCCUCAGACAUAGAACUUGUUCACAUUAAAAGUAAGGAACACUUAGGGAAAGUGUGCUUUUAAAAUGGGAAGCCUUUUUCACAAACUUCAGCACGUUAUACAUCAGAUUGAUGAUUGCAACUAGAAAGUUAUGAACCUCAGAAAAUAAUCUAUGGUUGUAUUUUUCUUAUAUUUCACCCAGAAGUUUCAUAAACAGUUAAAACAUUUCAGCUAGUAGGAUUUUCAUUGCUUUGGCAGUUUCUCAGUUUACCUUAAGGAGCUUUGAUAAAAAUAGUAUUAUUUAGAACAGUAGAAAUGGCAAAAAACACCAGACUAUAACAAAUGCAUACAUUUCAUUUGCGCUUUUCAAGGCAUGUAAAUUCAACGGUUCUUAUUCUUGAAUCUAAUAACUGAAGUCUCCACUUCCUCAACUGUACUUUUCUAACAAAGCAUGCUAACAUAUGAAAUGUUAUCGUGUUAUACUUGCAUACCAUUCUAAAAGGUAUUUUAUUUUCUGCCGCUCCCCUUAGGCCAAACAUUUGCCCCAUCAGUGGUUUAAAUGUGGCAUCAGCCAACCUGUCUGUAUUUUACUCGCAUGAGCCACCAGCACGGCUAUACACUUUAAAUCUUGUGAUUUUGCAUCUAUGAGCUAUGGCUGGUCAUCAGACUGAGAUUGAAAACAUAACAAGACUCGCAUGAUGCCAGCUUCCUAUCGAUCGAGUUUAAGACUUGAUGGUUGCAAUACUAUAAAUAUUACUACAGACACAGCAUUACUGUAAAAUGAAGGAGUAUUUACAUAAACAUCUCUUCAUCAAAUGAAUCUGCACAAGAACAGCAUGAAUUUGGUUGGUUAUCAUGGAUAGUGCACAUACAUGAGACCAUACAAAUCUGAGCAUCCUACAUUUACAAAACUAAUGUCAGACUGGCUCAGUAAGCCAGCAGUGCUACUUGCAUUUAUUUUCUAUAAAAAUCACAUUUCUUCCUAUGGAAGACUGAUUAAAAGUGUGGUAGUAAAUGAGGACAAAGCAUUUUGCAUCUUCUCAGUUUGCAGCACAUUCAAAACAUCCAUGCAACAACAAAAGCUGGUAAUGAUGGAUUCUGUAUUUUACCAUAUACAUGCAAAUUCAUGUAUUACACAUUGGCUACCUGCCUAGAGUUAAGGGCUAUUUUUUUAUGUUCACUGAUUUAACUUUGAUGUUGAAAGGGAUACUCGCAAAAAUCGAGUUGAGUAACAAACAUUCACUCCUUGUGCAUCUUGAAGGUGGCUGUAUUAGUGGGUUGCUUAUUAUUCAAUGUAAACUUGACUGUGUACAUUUAUUUGAAGAUUACAAUAAUAAUGGCACACCAUGCUUAAAAAAUGUACAUUGUUGGAAUUGUUUGAGCCAUUUUAGUUUGCAUUUUGCUGCUUGAUUCAGCAAUUACAAUUGGUAGCAAUGGAAAUGACUGUACUUUAAUUGAAUUAAAGCUGACCACAGCUACUUCAAGGAGGAAAAGCUUUCAGGACAACCUUUAAAGCCACAAAAUAUAUUGUUUGAUUCUCAAAAAGCAGAUUUAGGCUGGAGUAUCACUUUAAAGCAAAGAUGGAUCAACAGAUUUACUCAAUAUCCACAAUAACAAGUCUGCGCAGUUCCUUAAAGCCAUUGUCUAUUGAGAUGCUUGUAAUAUUUAUUACAAAUGCACAUGAAACUUGGGAUCCAUAAUUUUGUAUGACGAGCUCAAAUGUGUGCUUUUAAUUUUCACAGAUACAUUGUUUAAUUGAUGAGAGUAUUUUGUUAUAGGAUGUAGUGGGUACAUUGUGUGAGGCGGAGUAGAUACCUGUGUGUGUGUAUAUAUAUAUAUAUAU